AUGGCUUCGCCCCCACAGCAGCAGGUGCAGCGGAUGGACCGUGGAAGCUUCGUCUCUUCAGAGAGCUUCGAAAGUCUGACCUGCGGCGCCCCCGCUGUCGUUAUCGAGCGACUCCGCCAAGCCACCGGUGCUGACGCCGGCCCGAACGCGCUAAAAGAGCUCGGUGAGAGCAUCAAGAAGGCGGCCGUGGAAAAGUUGGGAGGGGGUGGGGACAAGGGGGGGGUGGAGGUGGCAUUCGGGGGGGCGAUGGGCCGGUCAUUCUACGCCACGGCUGACGGAUCGACAACAACCGCGGACGUCGUCCUGUUCUACACACUGGACCCGUUGGACAUCGACACAAAACAGAGCACAUGCGUUCGGAAGGCCAGAACAGAGUGCGAACUCUCGGCUGACGAGGUUAUGCAGGCACUCUACAAGCUUCAACCCGGCGGCGGUGACACCAGCGACAGCGGCAGCGGUGGUGCCACCACGUCGACUUCUUAG